AUGGAGCUGCGUUGCUGUCCCAAUCAGUUUCCUGAGGGUUACGUACCACCAACGACACCGAAACCAACACCACCAACACCACAUCCCUCAAUACCAACGGAUUUCGAAGUCAAGCAUCUCGCUCCCAUCUUAUACAGCACAGUAUACAUGGAUGGGUUUGAAUACCAUUGUACCGCUAUUAUCCUGUCGCCGACCAAACUGCUAACCACGAGCAAAUGCGUGGGCAAGAAGGUUAGGCAGAAGCCCAGCAGAAUUGCAGUGGGUGUUACCGAUCCGAGAAUAAACUAUGAUGAAGAACUGGAGUUCGCAGUUACGCGAAACAUCAAGCAAAUGAAUAAUGAUCUAGCACUUCUGGAGCUGCGCACGGCCAUUGAUUUCACGGAUAAGGCAAUGGCAAAUGGAAGCAUUGCUAUCCUUUGCCACACGGACGAGCUGGCAGGACAGCCAAAGCUAUAUGCUGUGGGCUUUGCUCAAAACACGGUAACCAACUGCGGCUUGUUCCAGACCCGCCUUGAGAGGCUCUCUGACUGCAGAGUACCGGAGCUAAGACUCCCGGUGAGAGGAAUCGAUAUCACUUCAACACACAUCUGUGCGAGAGCUAUGCCGGAGAGCUCUGCCAGGAGUGAUGGAUGCAUAAAUUGUCUGACGGCCAGCUCGAGUGUACUCCAUGUGGAGCGAGCGGACGGCAGUCUAUGUGUGGCUGGCAUUGCCACGCCCACUACAGACGAGUGCAAUUUGACCGACAAUCCAGUUCUCUAUACGAUAUUUUUGAAUAGCGCAUUCAAAAAUUUCUUGGGCCUUCCUGAAUCCGCCAGUAACUGA